AUGUCCGAUGAGAAGCACCACCACGGCCUCUUCCACCACCACAAGGACAAGGACAAGGACAAACCAGUAGAUACCUCUUCGUACGAAUCUAAGACCGAUUACGGAGGCCGCGGCCACAGCGAGACCACUGGUUAUUCCGUGGAGGGAGAUGGUAGCAGGUACAAGAGUGAGACCACAGACGCGUAUGGCUCAGCUGCUCCAGGUGGUGGCCGAUACACCAGCGAAACCACGGGUUACGUCAAGGAGGGACACGGUGGCAAGUACAGCGAGACCACCACCAAAGCUCAUGGCACCACUGAGUCUGGAAUCGAUUACAAGAAGGAGGAGAAGCACCACAAACAUCUCGAAGAACUCGGCGGGCUCGGAGCUGCUGCUGCUGGAGCUUAUGCUUUGCAUGAGAAGCAUAAGGUGAAGGAAGACCCAGAGCAUGCCCGCAGGCACAAGAUAGAAGAGGAAAUCGCUGCCGUGGCUGCAGUUGGAUCUGGUGGGUUCGCCUUACACGAGCGCAAUGAGAAGAAAGAGGCUAAGAAAGAAGCCAAGAAAGAAGAGGAAGAGUCACAUGGAAAGAAGAAGCACCAUCUCUUCUAAAUCCCAGCUUGUGAUGAUCUUCCUCAAUAAUGAACUAGCUCUCUAUAUGCAAUGUUGCAUCUUUAAGUUUGUUUUCGACUUUGCAUGAAGGAUCUGAUUUUUCUGU